UCCUUGGUUGCUUUGACCCAAAGUCCACCGUACCUCUCACAUGGAUAAUAUAGUCAGUUCCUAGCUUCCCUCCAUGCCAACCACGGCAGGCAGCAUAUGCUUCAAAUAUUCCAAACUGACCAACCCCUUCCUGCACGCCAUAACAAUGCGUUGCCUCCCCACAACGAGACCGUAUCUCCAUUAAAGUAGCUGAGAGAGCUUGCAUUUUUACGAGUCGAGGUUGCGAGAUGAAGUUCGGGAAGAGGCUCAAGAAGCAGGUGGAGGAGAGCCUCCCGGGGUGGAGGGACAAGUUCCUGGCGUACAAGCGCCUCAAGGUGCUCGUCCGACUCGUCUCCGGCUCCUCGCCGCACCGUGCCGUGGCGGAGGCCACCUUCGUGCGGCUCCUCAACGACGAGGUGGACAGGUUCAACGCCUUCUUCCUGGAGCAGGAGGAGGAGUUCAUCAUCCGCCAUAAGAAUGUGCAGGAAGUAAGGGAGACGGUGAAGGCGGUGGCCGGCGAGGAGCCGUCGGAGGCGGAGCGUGCGGUGGAGAUGAGGAAGGUGAGGAGAGAGAUCGUGGAUUUGCACGGGGAGAUGGUGCUGCUCCUCAACUACAGCGCCGUCAACUACACAGGGCUGGCCAAGAUCCUGAAGAAGUACGACAAGCGUACGGGGCGGCUGCUCCGGCUGCCCUUCAUCGAGGAGGUGCUCAAGCAGCCCUUCUACACGACGGAGCUCAUGUCGAGGCUCGUCCGCGAGUGCGAGGAGACCAUGGCGGCCGUGUUCGCCUCCGACAACAGUGGUGACCAGUGGACGAGGAAGUGCUGCACCGACACUGGCAUGGCUCCUAUGGCACCAGAGCAGGGCAUUUUAAGGAACACCGUCGCGGCGCUGGUGGCCAUGCGGGAGCUCCGCAGCGGGAGCUCCACGUACGGGCACUUCUCGCUGCCACCCUUGGCAAAGGAGACGGAGCAUGGCCUGCUGCUGUCCAUCCAGGUUGCCGAUCUCGUUCAAUCUGAGGCACAUGGUAUUGUCCGGGUGGUUUGACAGAGUGCAUGAGUAUAAUUGUAGGUACAGGUUUCGAUGGCUACUUACCGGCGUCCGAUUAUAUGAUACGAGUAACGCAUACUGCGGACUUUUUAUUUAUUUAUUUAGAAAAGCCGCAAAUAUAAUUGAUUCUUUUAAAGAAAACAGUAGCAUGCAUAAAGCAAAGACAACAAGACACAAAACAACCAACCAAAAAUAAAAUUACAUUGAAAACGAUCAUCUUUUGCCUUCAAUUGUUUGCUGACCGCCGAAGCUUAAAAAUUUCAAUAAAACGGUGGUAAGCGGAAGGGCCACAUGCAAGCGCCCUCACGAUAUCAGGACUUGAAGACCGUAAUAGCCACUCACCGCUAGAAACCAUAUCAGGACUUGAAGACCGUGAAAAAGUUUGAAGUUGAAAUAAGGUAGAAAACUUGAGUUGUGUGUGAAAAGCGGCGUUUUUUCAUUGGAAACCAUGAUACUUCGCCGCAGAAUGUUCCAUUCGAAAAAUUGAGUUGUGUGUGAAGUGCAUCAUGUUUUUGCCAUAACGCUCUCACAUUU